AAGGGCAAACAGUGGCAGAGUAAGGAAAAGAUAUAUGCAGGUCUCUCAACUGAGAAUCAGUCCUGAAGACAAGCAAAACAAGAAAGAUUUCUGGACCAUAAGACCAAAGAAGAAACAGCAUCUAAUACCUGGAACUGCUUGACCUGUUUUAAUCCAGAGAGGAGCACCUUAUGAAGCACUCAUCAUGACAUCAUACGAACAAGGUCAGUCUCCUACUCGAUGUGGUCCCCAGUUCCCCAGCUUGGGACAGGAGCCUCCAGAGCUGAGCCUAUACAGCGACAACUACUAUCCUCCUCCGUCACUGCCGAGUCCACAGAGGACCAACCCCUCCUCGUAUGACCUUGGAGAAUACGCGGCUUCGUCACCUAACCCCUACCUGUGGUUCAAUGGAACUGGGAUUAACAGUUCCCCAUAUCUUGGUGGAGCACCAGGUCCUGCAGGUCCCCCCUUUGUGCCUCAGCACUAUGGCAUGCAGAGGCCCUACCUUGGGCCUGGGGGUCCUGCAGGAGCUGGUGGAGAGCUGAGCUGGUUCUCCAUGCCCUCUCAAGAGGACCUUAUGAAGCUGGUCAGACCACCUUACUCAUACUCAGCUCUCAUUGCAAUGGCGAUACAUGGUGCUCCAGACCGGCGCCUGACUCUCAGUCAGAUAUACCAGUACGUAGCAGAUAACUUCCCUUUCUACAACAAGAGCAAGGCUGGCUGGCAGAACUCCAUUCGCCACAACCUGUCUCUGAACGACUGUUUCAAGAAGGUACCUCGGGAUGAAGAUGACCCUGGCAAGGGUAAUUACUGGACUCUUGACCCAAACUGUGAAAAGAUGUUCGACAAUGGCAACUUCAGGCGCAAGAGGAAGAGAAAGUCAGACGGUCUCACUGGAGAGGGCAGUUCUGCAGGGUCUCUCAGCACGGAGUCAGGAGAUGGCAGCGGCAGGGGUAGCCCUAAAAAUCCAGCCAUUGACAUUUCAGCCUCACCUGAGAAAGGCCUUUCUCCUCCAUCCACAGGUCCCUCGCCUUGCCUCAGCAACUUCCUGACAGAGAUGUCUGGGGUGGUCGGAUCAGUGGAGGUGAGGGGCGACCCCCUCAACCGGCCUCUUGCUCUCAGUCUACCAGUGGAUGGCACACAGAGAGCCCCCCAACCCACAAGCUUUGGCUCUUACUCCCCUGGUUCCACGAUUCCUGAGUGGGCCUCUCCGCUUCCCCCACCUCCUCCAAUCUCCCCCUCAGGCUCCCACUCCUCUUUAAGUUACAGCAGCCCCACUCUCAACCAGUUCAAUGGCCAUUUCUACCCUGGGUUGAGCUCGACUGGAAUUCUCUACCCCCGAGAGGGUACAGAAGUGUGACGGGACUGGACUGAGAAUAGACACAAAGUUGCAUGAUGAAUUCCAGCCAAAGUCUGGUGAAGGCCAAAAAGUUUCACGUUACUCACGUUUAGAGUGGACUGCUUCAGAUGAAUUCUGAGAUGAUCCCGUGAGUGUGAGAUUAGAACAGAUUCCCACAGGAACAGCCUACUCAGCAUGUGAUAUGCAUGACACUCCCCAAAGGCCCCUGACACCAGCAGCUCUAACCUAGGCCUGCUGCUGACAUAAUGCCAUUCCACCUAUCUCUCUCUCUUCACUGAUCAUAUCACCAAGACCAAGUGCACCUAUUAUGAAGCCAAACAAGGCUAAAAAAAAGACCUUCAACUGGCAGAGUAACCUUACAGAAAUGCAUGUGAUGCAGCACUCUUAAGUCUACAACUGUAAUUUGAUCCUGUCAGUUUUUUUUUAUCUUUGUCUUGUUUGUCUGUUUAAUGGAAAGUGGUGAUGUAUUUUACAUGUAAGGGUGAAAAUGAAUGUUGAAUAAAAUUUUCUGCAAUGUAUGCCUGCUGAUUUUUUAAAAUAAAAGAAUGAAAAAGGUA